AUGUUGAAGGUAACACCUACCAUUCGUUCUCUACCAGCAUCGUUUGGAUUUGGCUGUUUUGUAGCGAAAAAUGGAAGUGGACAUCUCAACAAGGCCAUACCUCUUCAACACAUAUGGGAUGUUGUGCUGUUCUUUUACGGUUCGAAAAGCGGACGAGAAUUAGAAGAUGCACCAGUUAGGAAACUGAGUCAGUCCUUCAAGUUGGAAAAUGUGGCUGGUAAAAGCAUAACUUCAAAACAGAUUUUGCUGACUACAAUAGAGAACAUUGUGUCAUCGCACGCACGUCUGCGUCGAUCCAAAGAUGCUCAAUGGAAAGCGUUUGUAUCUGCUGCCAUGAACGAGAAGAAACUUCCUGCAUGGCUUCGGUAA